CAAUUUUCAGUACAAGACAACAACUAUUCUAAAAGUCAUGUCUUUUUUUUUAACAAUUAAGCAUGUUUAAUCUAGUCUCAACUCAUCACAUAAUUUAAUAUUAAUUAAAGAUGUUUAUCUUGUAAUAUUUGUGUUUAUUGUCAGAUUUGAUAAAUGUUAAUACUCGAUUGGGUACCUAUCUGUAAUAAAGUUGUAGCUCCACAUUCUAAGACUGAAUUUUUGUAACUACUAAUUAAAUUAGUAAAAAUGGAAGUCGUUGACAAUCAAAGUAUUCCAUGUACCAUGUUGAAAAAAUAUCAUGGCAGAAUUGUUCAAGACAUUCAAGGAGAUGUGAUCGAGGCCUUACUUAAAAAACAAGUGUUAACAGAAAGUGAAUUUUGCGAUAUUAAAUCUGUGAAAAACUGUAAGGAACAAGCAGGUCGUUUGCUUGAAUUAUUGCCAUCCAAAGGUCAGAAUGGUAUAAAUCAGUUCCUAAACUAUUUGUCAAUACAUUAUUCAUGGAUAGCUAGUCUCUUACAAGAUUCCAUUACAAAUAAAUAUAAUUGCAUGUUUUCUAAAGAAAUGCAGGACAUUUUGACUGCUGGUGAAGUACCUCAAUUAUCUUCAAGACAUGUAUCACGAGUUAAGCAUGUAAAAACAUUAAAAAAACUAUUAACAGAGUUGGAAGCAAAUAAUUUUAUUAUUGUAAACGGUAUGACUGGCUGUGGAAAAUCUAGUCUAAUUGUUGAAGUAUUAAAUGAUCCUUUCAUUACAAUACAAUAUUUACAGGGAUUUGUGCAAUGGAUAAAUGUUGGACGAGAAAAUUCAUCACAUGCUGAAUGUAUUCAAACUGAAAUAUUAAAUAGGUUAAAUAACCAAGAACAGCUUAUAACACCUCCCCUAAUUAUAAAUUAUGAGGAUACAAGAAAAAAAAUUCAACAUUUAUGGAAACAAAAACAAUUGGCUGGUUUAUUAAUUUUGGAUGACGUAUGCAGUAAUGAAAUAGUAAAAUUCUUGGAUAUCGGGUGUAAAAUAUUAAUAACAACAAAUGAUAUUAGUAUUAUGGAUGGUAUAAUAGAUACUCGAAUAAAAUAUUUGAAAGUCAAUGAAGGAUUUGAGGAAAAGGAGACCUUAAGUUUAUUUUCAAAAUGUUUAAAUGUCAAUUUUAAGUCUUUACCAUCACAUGCGUCAAAACUUCAUAGUAUAUGCAAAGGAUUUCCACUAACAAUUUCACUUAUUGCUUCACAACUUGAAAUGCAUAGAGAAGAAGCCAUUAAUAAUACUGACCGAUGGGAAUUUUAUUUGAACAAGUUAUCAGAUAAAACUAAUAAACUUUUUAAAUAUUCGUCUUACAGUCAAAAUCAGUUGAAAAGUCUUGAAAAAGCAAUAGAAAUGUGUAUAAAGAGUUUAUCAAGUGAUCUUCAACAGAAUUAUCGAGAUUUUUCUCUAUUUGUAGAUGAUUUAAAUAUUAAACCAGAAGUUUUAUCCAUACUGUGGGGUAUAAAAAUAACUGAAGUUACAGAUAUUAUGUCAGAAUUAAUGCGAAAGAGUUUAGUAGUUAGGAUUUGGAAUCAACCUUUAAAUAGUUAUGUUUAUUCAAUACAUGAUUUACUUUUAAAUAAUUUAAAAAGAAUGAUGAAUCAUCAAGAAUAUAAGGAAUUACAUAAAAAAUGUAUUGAUCGUUAUAGAGAUUAUUGCAAAGGAAAUUUUGCAAAUCUUCCAAAAAAUGAUAAUUAUAUAUUUUUAUAUUUUGGAUAUCAUCUUAAAAAUGCUGAUAUGCUAGAAGAAUUUCCUAAGUGGUUUUUAAAUUUAAGAUUUAUUGAAUCAAAAAUAUGUGCAACUGGUCCUGCUGAUUUAUUAGCAGAUUUGAAAAAAUACAAAAUAUAUAUUGUCGUAAAGAGUAUUCAUGAAGAAUAUGUUAAAGAAAUUGAAAAUUUUGUUAAACGCUAUGGACCUAAUUUAUAUAAAACUAAGUGUGAUAUUGUUCAACUUGGCCUUCAGGAACCAGAAACAUCUUUUAUAUACAAAGAAUCAUAUAAACUUGCAAAAGCUAGUAGGAAAUUAUAUUUUUACUAUGAUAUUCGUCCUUCUCAAAAUUGUCAUCCAGAACCUCAUAUAUCUAUUAUCAGAGAUAAAAUUGAGACAGUUAUUUUUGGAAAUCAACAUGAUGAAGCUUUGAUUGCUACUAAUAGUGGAAGUAUAAAACUAUGGAAUAUUAUCUCUGAUAGAUGUUUAUAUACUUACAAUGGUCAUACCAAAAGAGUUACUCAUUUGGUUAAAAAUAAUUUAAAAAGUUUAUUUUUGUCAACAUCUGAUGAUUCAACAAUACGUAUUUGGAAUAUGAACAGUUUCCCUGAAUCUGAAAAUUCCCAAACACGUACUCCAUCACCUGAAACUAGGCAAGAACACUGGCAAAAUGUUUUUGGUCAAAAUUUUAAAAUACCUACUGAUAAUACAAAUACUGAUUGUAUUUUUGUGUUGAAACAUGAUUCACCUGUUAUUUUUGCACAAUUUUCUCCAAAUGAUAAAUUAAUUGUUUCUUCCUCUACUGAUAAAACUUUAAAGAUUUGGAAAUUGAAAGAAGGAAAUUAUGAAAUUCAAAAUUCAAUCAUGCAAACUAAUACCAUCAAUAAAUGUUAUUUUGUGGAAACUAAGACAUGUGAUAAAAUACUAUUUUCAACAAUUGGUUCAAUAUCUAGUGGCAUAUAUGAAUGUGAAUUUCCUUUUGAACAUUGUACUGGAUUAUUGUACUUUAGAGAAAGAUUGUUAUCAUUUUUUCAUAUACCUAGUUCAGAAGGACAAGAUAAAAUGCUGGUUAUGACACCAACUUUUAUGCAAAUUUAUUGCUUUAACUGGAAAGAUGAAAAAAAAACUGCACCUCCAUUAGUCUAUCCAAAACCAAUAGGCUAUCGGCAAUACAAAUUAAUUUCUAUUUCUGAAGAAAAUACAAAUAAUCAUACUCGGUACAUAGCGUUCAGUUUAAGUAAUAGUACAAUAAAAGUUUGUGAUUUAUUCACUGGGUACAAUUUUUUGGAUUUGUACAAUUCUAAUGAAGGUAUAUCAAACUUGGACUGGUUUUGGUCUAGAAUAGAUCAGAGUUUUUGGUUACUUAGUGCUGCUAACAAAUCUAUUAGAUUGUGGUGUCUAAAGGAUAUUAAACAAUAUGCUUGUGCUCAUAAAACAAUUUCUACAAAUCAAUCCAAUAAUACUAUUAAAAAUAUGUGUAAAAAUGAAAUAUUAUCUCUUCAAAAUUACAAAUUAUUUUCUGAAGAACAAAAUUUAUAUUGUUAUAAACUUCAACGAAAUUUUGAUGCUGUAUGGCUGGAUAAUGAUUCUGUAUUAGUUGCAGCUGUUACUAAAUGUGGGACAUUAAAGAUACUAUUUGAAGGCUUGGAUCAAUGGUCAAUGAUAGACGAACAAGUUUUAGCUUUGACAAUAAUACAUCCAAAUCAAAUUGUUGAUCAAACAAUGAUAAUAGCUGCAUGUAAAGAUUUAUCUGUGUAUUGUAUGAAAUUUCAAACAGCUGAAUAUUUAUUUAAGACUUCACAAAUGGUAGAUCAAAUUUUUGCUUCUUUUGAUCAUAAUGUUUUGAACAUAGCAUUUUUACUAAAACAAUGUAUUAAAGUAAAUGAAAAAAAAAUUGAUCAAGCAAUAGAGAUCUGGUCAAAUAAAAAGAGAUAUGAAGUGUUUGUUCAUGAUUUCAUUAAUUGUUUUUUGUUUCAUGAUAAAGUUAUCUUGCUUUACAAUAUUCAUGGGAUUUAUAUAUUAAAUUUAUGUGAUGAAUCUAUAAUAAAAUUGGAGAUUAAUUGUAUUAAAAUAAAUGGAAGCUUGAUGCUUGAUUCAUCACAUUUAGCUGUGGUUGACAAUGGCAAUCAUUUGAAAAUAUAUCAAUUGACUUUUGAUUUAAAUUUAAAUUUAAUUGAUCAGUAUCCAUUGCCAUUCUUAGAACACGAGGUCACACCCAUUAGUAUAUCUAACGACAAGAAGUUUAUUGCUAUUGGUGGACAAAAGCAUAUUGUUUUUAUUGACUAUACAUUAAAAACUAUAAAAUGUCACACAAUUGGUCCAAAUGUGAAUAAUAUACAAUCAAUGAUUUGGUCGUCAGAUAAUUCAUGGAUAACGAUAAAAGAAGAUAAUCAAAUAAUUACACUCGAUGUUGAAACUGGUAAAAUAUUAGCAAGUGUGAGAUUAACAGUUGAUAAGUUUUUUGUCAAUUCUGAACUAAAUAAAUAUAUUGCAGUAAAUACCACUGGCCAGUUAGUAAAGUUAAAUUUAAACAACUAAUUUGACUUUCUGUAUUAAAGUAUUUUUGUAGACACUAAAGUACUUUAUGAUUUUAAACACUAAAAUACAUUAAUAUCUUUCACAAAAAGUUCACAACGUAUGUAAAUUAAUUUAAUACUUGAAAAUUAUAUGGUUACUCAUUGGAUGCAUUAAAAAUUAAUAAUCAACAUAUAACAGCAAAAAAGCAUUACGUACAAUUUCUGUGUAUAUUGUUUUACUUGGUCUUAAAA